AUGAAGUGGGAACUGCAGGCAAGGGGGGACCAGGCAGCAUGGAGGUGGGGAAAGGAUGGUAGCCAGGGAGGGAAAGGAGGGCAAGAAGUGGGAGGAAGGAAGACAUGCAGCGAGGGGAAAGGAGACCAGACAGUGGGGGAAAAAGGUAACCAAGUGGUGGGGAAAGGAUACCAGACAGUGGGGGAAAAAGGUAACCAAGUGGUGGGGAAAGGAUACCAGACAGUGGGGGAAAAAGGUAACCAAGUGGUGGGGAAAGGAGACCAGACAGUGGGGGAAAAAGGUAACCAAGUGGUGGGGAAAGGAGACCAGACAGUGGGGGAAAAAGGUAACCAAGUGGUGGGGAAAGGAUACCAGACAGUGGGGGGAAAAGGUAACCAAGUGGUGGGGAAAGGAGACCAGACAGUGGGGGAAAAAGGUAACCAAGUGGUGGGGAAAGGAUACCAGACAGUGGGGGAAAAAGGUAACCAAGUGGUGGGGAAAGGAGACCAGACAGUGGGGGAAAAAGGUAACCAAGUGGUGGGGAAAGGAGACCAGACAGUGGGGAAAAAGACAGUGGGGGAAAAAGGUAACCAAGUGGUGGGGAAAGGAGACCAGACAGUGGGGGAAAAAGGUAACCAAGUGGUGGGGAAAGGAUACCAGACAGUGGGGGAAAAAGGUAACCAAGUGGUGGGGAAAGGAGACCAGACAGUGGGGGAAAAAGGUAACCAAGUGGUGGGGAAAGGAGACCAGACAGUGGGGGAAAAAGGUAACCAAGUGGUGGGGAAAGGAUACCAGACAGUGGGGGGAAAAGGUAACCAAGUGGUGGGGAAAGGAGACCAGACAGUGGGGGAAAAAGGUAACCAAGUGGUGGGGAAAGGAUACCAGACAGUGGGGGAAAAAGGUAACCAAGUGGUGGGGAAAGGAGACCAGACAGUGGGGGAAAAAGGUAACCAAGUGGUGGGGAAAGGAGACCAGACAGUGGGGGAAAAAGGUAACCAAGUGGUGGGGAAAGGAGACCAGACAGUGGGGGAAAAAGGUAACCAAGUGGUGGGGAAAGGAUACCAGACAGUGGGGGAAAAAGGUAACCAAGUGGUGGGGAAAGGAGACCAGACAGUGGGGGAAAAAGGUAACCAAGUGGUGGGGAAAGGAGACCAGACAGUGGGGGAAAAAGGUAACCAAGUGGUGGGGAAAGGAUACCAGACAGUGGGGGAAAAAGGUAACCAAGUGGUGGGGAAAGGAGACCAGACAGUGGGGGAAAAAGGUAACCAAGUGGUGGGGAAAGGAGACCAGACAGUGGGGGAAAAAGGUAACCAAGUGGUGGGGAAAGGAGACCAGACAGUGGGGGAAAAAGGUAACCAAGUGGUGGGGAAAGGAGACCAGACAGUGGGGGAAAAAGGUAACCAAGUGGUGGGGAAAGGAGACCAGACAGUGGGGGAAAAAGGUAACCAAGUGGUGGGGAAAGGAGACCAGACAGUGGGGGAAAAAGGUAACCAAGUGGUGGGGAAAGGAGACCAGACAGUGGGGGAAAAAGGUAACCAAGUGGUGGGGAAAGGAUACCAGACAGUGGGGGAAAAAGGUAACCAAGUGGUGGGGAAAGGAUACCAGACAGUGGGGGAAAAAGGUAACCAAGUGGUGGGGAAAGGAGACCAGACAGUGGGGGAAAAAGGUAACCAAGUGGUGGGGAAAGGAUACCAGACAGUGGGGGAAAAAGACAGUGGGGGAAAAGGUAACCAAGUGGUGGGGAAAGGAGACCAGACAGUGGGGGAAAAAGGUAACCAAGUGGUGGGGAAAGGAUACCAGACAGUGGGGGAAAAAGGUAACCAAGUGGUGGGGAAAGGAGACCAGACAGUGGGGGAAAAAGGUAACCAAGUGGUGGGGAAAGGAGACCAGACAGUGGGGGAAAAAGGUAACCAAGUGGUGGGGAAAGGAGACCAGACAGUGGGGGAAAAAGGUAACCAAGUGGUGGGGAAAGGAUACCAGACAGUGGGGGAAAAAGGUAACCAAGUGGUGGGGAAAGGAGACCAGACAGUGGGGGAAAAAGGUAACCAAGUGGUGGGGAAAGGAGACCAGACAGUGGGGGAAAAAGGUAACCAAGUGGUGGGGAAAGGAUACCAGACAGUGGGGGAAAAAGGUAACCAAGUGGUGGGGAAAGGAGACCAGACAGUGGGGGAAAAAGGUAACCAAGUGGUGGGGAAAGGAGACCAGACAGUGGGGGAAAAAGGUAACCAAGUGGUGGGGAAAGGAGACCAGACAGUGGGGGAAAAAGGUAACCAAGUGGUGGGGAAAGGAGACCAGACAGUGGGGGAAAAAGGUAACCAAGUGGUGGGGAAAGGAUACCAGACAGUGGGGGAAAAAGGUAACCAAGUGGUGGGGAAAGGAUACCAGACAGUGGGGGAAAAAGGUAACCAAGUGGUGGGGAAAGGAUACCAGACAGUGGGGGAAAAAGGUAACCAAGUGGUGGGGAAAGGAGACCAGACAGUGGGGGAAAAAGGUAACCAAGUGGUGGGGAAAGGAGACCAGACAGUGGGGGAAAAAGGUAACCAAGUGGUGGGGAAAGGAUACCAGACAGUGGGGGAAAAAGGUAACCAAGUGGUGGGGAAAGGAUACCAGACAGUGGGGGAAAAAGGUAACCAAGUGGUGGGGAAAGGAUACCAGACAGUGGGGGAAAAAGGUAACCAAGUGGUGGGGAAAGGAGACCAGACAGUGGGGGAAAAAGGUAACCAAGUGGUGGGGAAAGGAGACCAGACAGUGGGGGAAAAAGGUAACCAAGUGGUGGGGAAAGGAUACCAGACAGUGGGGGAAAAAGGUAACCAAGUGGUGGGGAAAGGAUACCAGACAGUGGGGGAAAAAGGUAACCAAGUGGUGGGGAAAGGAGACCAGACAGUGGGGGAAAAAGGUAACCAAGUGGUGGGGAAAGGAGACCAGACAGUGGGGGAAAAAGGUAACCAAGUGGUGGGGAAAGGAUACCAGACAGUGGGGGAAAAAGGUAACCAAGUGGUGGGGAAAGGAGACCAGACAGUGGGGGAAAAAGGUAACCAAGUGGUGGGGAAAGGAUACCAGACAGUGGGGGAAAAAGGUAACCAAGUGGUGGGGAAAGGAUACCAGACAGUGGGGGAAAAAGGUAACCAAGUGGUGGGGAAAGGAGACCAGACAGUGGGGGAAAAAGGUAACCAAGUGGUGGGGAAAGGAGACCAGACAGUGGGGGAAAAAGGUAACCAAGUGGUGGGGAAAGGAGACCAGACAGUGGGGGAAAAAGGUAACCAAGUGGUGGGGAAAGGAGACCAGACAGUGGGGGAAAAAGGUAACCAAGUGGUGGGGAAAGGAGACCAGACAGUGGGGGAAAAAGGUAACCAAGUGGUGGGGAAAGGAGACCAGACAGUGGGGGAAAAAGGUAACCAAGUGGUGGGGAAAGGAUACCAGACAGUGGGGGAAAAAGGUAACCAAGUGGUGGGGAAAGGAGACCAGACAGUGGGGGAAAAAGGUAACCAAGUGGUGGGGAAAGGAUACCAGACAGUGGGGGAAAAAGGUAACCAAGUGGUGGGGAAAGGAGACCAGACAGUGGGGGAAAAAGGUAACCAAGUGGUGGGGAAAGGAGACCAGACAGUGGGGGAAAAAGGUAACCAAGUGGUGGGGAAAGGAGACCAGACAGUGGGGGAAAAAGGUAACCAAGUGGUGGGGAAAGGAGACCAGACAGUGGGGGAAAAAGGUAACCAAGUGGUGGGGAAAGGAGACCAGACAGUGGGGGAAAAAGGUAACCAAGUGGUGGGGAAAGGAGACCAGACAGUGGGGGAAAAAGGUAACCAAGUGGUGGGGAAAGGAGACCAGACAGUGGGGGAAAAAGGUAACCAAGUGGUGGGGAAAGGAUACCAGACAGUGGGGGAAAAAGGUAACCAAGUGGUGGGGAAAGGAGACCAGACAGUGGGGGAAAAAGGUAACCAAGUGGUGGGGAAAGGAGACCAGACAGUGGGGGAAAAAGGUAACCAAGUGGUGGGGAAAGGAGACCAGACAGUGGGGGAAAAAGGUAACCAAGUGGUGGGGAAAGGAGACCAGACAGUGGGGGAAAAAGGUAACCAAGUGGUGGGGAAAGGAGACCAGACAGUGGGGGAAAAAGGUAACCAAGUGGUGGGGAAAGGAGACCAGACAGUGGGGGAAAAAGGUAACCAAGUGGUGGGGAAAGGAGACCAGACAGUGGGGGAAAAAGGUAACCAAGUGGUGGGGAAAGGAUACCAGACAGUGGGGGAAAAAGGUAACCAAGUGGUGGGGAAAGGAUACCAGACAGUGGGGGAAAAAGGUAACCAAGUGGUGGGGAAAGGAUACCAGACAGUGGGGGAAAAAGGUAACCAAGUGGUGGGGAAAGGAUACCAGACAGUGGGGGAAAAAGGUAACCAAGUGGUGGGGAAAGGAGACCAGACAGUGGGGGAAAAAGGUAACCAAGUGGUGGGGAAAGGAUACCAGACAGUGGGGGAAAAAGGUAACCAAGUGGUGGGGAAAGGAUACCAGACAGUGGGGGAAAAAGGUAACCAAGUGGUGGGGAAAGGAGACCAGACAGUGGGGGAAAAAGGUAACCAAGUGGUGGGGAAAGGAUACCAGACAGUGGGGGAAAAAGGUAACCAAGUGGUGGGGAAAGGAGACCAGACAGUGGGGGAAAAAGGUAACCAAGUGGUGGGGAAAGGAGACCAGACAGUGGGGGAAAAAGGUAACCAAGUGGUGGGGAAAGGAGACCAGACAGUGGGGGAAAAAGGUAACCAAGUGGUGGGGAAAGGAGACCAGACAGUGGGGGAAAAAGGUAACCAAGUGGUGGGGAAAGGAGACCAGACAGUGGGGGAAAAAGGUAACCAAGUGGUGGGGAAAGGAGACCAGACAGUGGGGGAAAAAGGUAACCAAGUGGUGGGGAAAGGAGACCAGACAGUGGGGGAAAAAGGUAACCAAGUGGUGGGGAAAGGAGACCAGACAGUGGGGGAAAAAGGUAACCAAGUGGUGGGGAAAGGAGACCAGACAGUGGGGGAAAAAGGUAACCAAGUGGUGGGGAAAGGAGACCAGACAGUGGGGGAAAAAGGUAACCAAGUGGUGGGGAAAGGAGACCAGACAGUGGGGGAAAAAGGUAACCAAGUGGUGGGGAAAGGAGACCAGACAGUGGGGGAAAAAGGUAACCAAGUGGUGGGGAAAGGAUACCAGACAGUGGGGGAAAAAGGUAACCAAGUGGUGGGGAAAGGAUACCAGACAGUGGGGGAAAAAGGUAACCAAGUGGUGGGGAAAGGAGACCAGACAGUGGGGGAAAAAGGUAACCAAGUGGUGGGGAAAGGAGACCAGACAGUGGGGGAAAAAGGUAACCAAGUGGUGGGGAAAGGAUACCAGACAGUGGGGGAAAAAGGUAACCAAGUGGUGGGGAAAGGAGACCAGACAGUGGGGGAAAAAGGUAACCAAGUGGUGGGGAAAGGAUACCAGACAGUGGGGGAAAAAGGUAACCAAGUGGUGGGGAAAGGAUACCAGACAGUGGGGGAAAAAGGUAACCAAGUGGUGGGGAAAGGAUACCAGACAGUGGGGGAAAAAGGUAACCAAGUGGUGGGGAAAGGAUACCAGACAGUGGGGGAAAAAGGUAACCAAGUGGUGGGGAAAGGAUACCAGACAGUGGGGGAAAAAGGUAACCAAGUGGUGGGGAAAGGAGACCAGACAGUGGGGGAAAAAGGUAACCAAGUGGUGGGGAAAGGAGACCAGACAGUGGGGGAAAAAGGUAACCAAGUGGUGGGGAAAGGAGACCAGACAGUGGGGGAAAAAGGUAACCAAGUGGUGGGGAAAGGAGACCAGACAGUGGGGGAAAAAGGUAACCAAGUGGUGGGGAAAGGAGACCAGACAGUGGGGGAAAAAGGUAACCAAGUGGUGGGGAAAGGAGACCAGACAGUGGGGGAAAAAGGUAACCAAGUGGUGGGGAAAGGAGACCAGACAGUGGGGGAAAAAGGUAACCAAGUGGUGGGGAAAGGAGACCAGACAGUGGGGGAAAAAGGUAACCAAGUGGUGGGGAAAGGAGACCAGACAGUGGGGGAAAAAGGUAACCAAGUGGUGGGGAAAGGAGACCAGACAGUGGGGGAAAAAGGUAACCAAGUGGUGGGGAAAGGAGACCAGACAGUGGGGGAAAAAGGUAACCAAGUGGUGGGGAAAGGAGACCAGACAGUGGGGGAAAAAGGUAACCAAGUGGUGGGGAAAGGAGACCAGACAGUGGGGGAAAAAGGUAACCAAGUGGUGGGGAAAGGAGACCAGACAGUGGGGGAAAAAGGUAACCAAGUGGUGGGGAAAGGAGACCAGACAGUGGGGGAAAAAGGUAACCAAGUGGUGGGGAAAGGAGACCAGACAGUGGGGGAAAAAGGUAACCAAGUGGUGGGGAAAGGAGACCAGACAGUGGGGGAAAAAGGUAACCAAGUGGUGGGGAAAGGAGACCAGACAGUGGGGGAAAAAGGUAACCAAGUGGUGGGGAAAGGAGACCAGACAGUGGGGGAAAAAGGUAACCAAGUGGUGGGGAAAGGAGACCAGACAGUGGGGGAAAAAGGUAACCAAGUGGUGGGGAAAGGAGACCAGACAGUGGGGGAAAAAGGUAACCAAGUGGUGGGGAAAGGAGACCAGACAGUGGGGGAAAAAGGUAACCAAGUGGUGGGGAAAGGAGACCAGACAGUGGGGGAAAAAGGUAACCAAGUGGUGGGGAAAGGAGACCAGACAGUGGGGGAAAAAGGUAACCAAGUGGUGGGGAAAGGAGACCAGACAGUGGGGGAAAAAGGUAACCAAGUGGUGGGGAAAGGAGACCAGACAGUGGGGGAAAAAGGUAACCAAGUGGUGGGGAAAGGAGACCAGACAGUGGGGGAAAAAGGUAACCAAGUGGUGGGGAAAGGAGACCAGACAGUGGGGGAAAAAGGUAACCAAGUGGUGGGGAAAGGAGACCAGACAGUGGGGGAAAAAGGUAACCAAGUGGUGGGGAAAGGAGACCAGACAGUGGGGGAAAAAGGUAACCAAGUGGUGGGGAAAGGAGACCAGACAGUGGGGGAAAAAGGUAACCAAGUGGUGGGGAAAGGAGACCAGACAGUGGGGGAAAAAGGUAACCAAGUGGUGGGGAAAGGAGACCAGACAGUGGGGGAAAAAGGUAACCAAGUGGUGGGGAAAGGAGACCAGACAGUGGGGGAAAAAGGUAACCAAGUGGUGGGGAAAGGAGACCAGACAGUGGGGGAAAAAGGUAACCAAGUGGUGGGGAAAGGAGACCAGACAGUGGGGGAAAAAGGUAACCAAGUGGUGGGGAAAGGAGACCAGACAGUGGGGGAAAAAGGUAACCAAGUGGUGGGGAAAGGAGACCAGACAGUGGGGGAAAAAGGUAACCAAGUGGUGGGGAAAGGAGACCAGACAGUGGGGGAAAAAGACAGUGGGGAAAAAGGUAACCAAGUGGUGGGGAAAGGAGACCAGACAGUGGGGGAAAAAGGUAACCAAGUGGUGGGGAAAGGAGACCAGACAGUGGGGGAAAAAGGUAACCAAGUGGUGGGGAAAGGAGACCAGACAGUGGGGGAAAAAGGUAACCAAGUGGUGGGGAAAGGAGACCAGACAGUGGGGGAAAAAGGUAACCAAGUGGUGGGGAAAGGAGACCAGACAGUGGGGGAAAAAGGUAACCAAGUGGUGGGGAAAGGAGACCAGACAGUGGGGGAAAAAGGUAACCAAGUGGUGGGGAAAGGAGACCAGACAGUGGGGGAAAAAGGUAACCAAGUGGUGGGGAAAGGAGACCAGACAGUGGGGGAAAAAGGUAACCAAGUGGUGGGGAAAGGAGACCAGACAGUGGGGGAAAAAGGUAACCAAGUGGUGGGGAAAGGAGACCAGACAGUGGGGGAAAAAGGUAACCAAGUGGUGGGGAAAGGAGACCAGACAGUGGGGGAAAAAGGUAACCAAGUGGUGGGGAAAGGAGACCAGACAGUGGGGGAAAAAGGUAACCAAGUGGUGGGGAAAGGAGACCAGACAGUGGGGGAAAAAGGUAACCAAGUGGUGGGGAAAGGAGACCAGACAGUGGGGGAAAAAGGUAACCAAGUGGUGGGGAAAGGAGACCAGACAGUGGGGGAAAAAGGUAACCAAGUGGUGGGGAAAGGAGACCAGACAGUGGGGGAAAAAGGUAACCAAGUGGUGGGGAAAGGAGACCAGACAGUGGGGGAAAAAGGUAACCAAGUGGUGGGGAAAGGAGACCAGACAGUGGGGGAAAAAGGUAACCAAGUGGUGGGGAAAGGAGACCAGACAGUGGGGGAAAAAGGUAACCAAGUGGUGGGGAAAGGAGACCAGACAGUGGGGGAAAAAGGUAACCAAGUGGUGGGGAAAGGAGACCAGACAGUGGGGGAAAAAGGUAACCAAGUGGUGGGGAAAGGAGACCAGACAGUGGGGGAAAAAGGUAACCAAGUGGUGGGGAAAGGAGACCAGACAGUGGGGGAAAAAGGUAACCAAGUGGUGGGGAAAGGAGACCAGACAGUGGGGGAAAAAGGUAACCAAGUGGUGGGGAAAGGAGACCAGACAGUGGGGGAAAAAGGUAACCAAGUGGUGGGGAAAGGAGACCAGACAGUGGGGGAAAAAGGUAACCAAGUGGUGGGGAAAGGAGACCAGACAGUGGGGGAAAAAGGUAACCAAGUGGUGGGGAAAGGAGACCAGACAGUGGGGGAAAAAGGUAACCAAGUGGUGGGGAAAGGAGACCAGACAGUGGGGGAAAAAGGUAACCAAGUGGUGGGGAAAGGAGACCAGACAGUGGGGGAAAAAGGUAACCAAGUGGUGGGGAAAGGAGACCAGACAGUGGGGGAAAAAGGUAACCAAGUGGUGGGGAAAGGAGACCAGACAGUGGGGGAAAAAGGUAACCAAGUGGUGGGGAAAGGAGACCAGACAGUGGGGGAAAAAGGUAACCAAGUGGUGGGGAAAGGAGACCAGACAGUGGGGGAAAAAGGUAACCAAGUGGUGGGGAAAGGAGACCAGACAGUGGGGGAAAAAGGUAACCAAGUGGUGGGGAAAGGAGACCAGACAGUGGGGGAAAAAGGUAACCAAGUGGUGGGGAAAGGAGACCAGACAGUGGGGGAAAAAGGUAACCAAGUGGUGGGGAAAGGAGACCAGACAGUGGGGGAAAAAGGUAACCAAGUGGUGGGGAAAGGAGACCAGACAGUGGGGGAAAAAGGUAACCAAGUGGUGGGGAAAGGAGACCAGACAGUGGGGGAAAAAGGUAACCAAGUGGUGGGGAAAGGAGACCAGACAGUGGGGGAAAAAGGUAACCAAGUGGUGGGGAAAGGAGACCAGACAGUGGGGGAAAAAGGUAACCAAGUGGUGGGGAAAGGAGACCAGACAGUGGGGGAAAAAGGUAACCAAGUGGUGGGGAAAGGAGACCAGACAGUGGGGGAAAAAGGUAACCAAGUGGUGGGGAAAGGAGACCAGACAGUGGGGGAAAAAGGUAACCAAGUGGUGGGGAAAGGAGACCAGACAGUGGGGGAAAAAGGUAACCAAGUGGUGGGGAAAGGAGACCAGACAGUGGGGGAAAAAGGUAACCAAGUGGUGGGGAAAGGAGACCAGACAGUGGGGGAAAAAGGUAACCAAGUGGUGGGGAAAGGAGACCAGACAGUGGGGGAAAAAGGUAACCAAGUGGUGGGGAAAGGAGACCAGACAGUGGGGGAAAAAGGUAACCAAGUGGUGGGGAAAGGAGACCAGACAGUGGGGGAAAAAGGUAACCAAGUGGUGGGGAAAGGAGACCAGACAGUGGGGGAAAAAGGUAACCAAGUGGUGGGGAAAGGAGACCAGACAGUGGGGGAAAAAGGUAACCAAGUGGUGGGGAAAGGAGACCAGACAGUGGGGGAAAAAGGUAACCAAGUGGUGGGGAAAGGAGACCAGACAGUGGGGGAAAAAGGUAACCAAGUGGUGGGGAAAGGAGACCAGACAGUGGGGGAAAAAGGUAACCAAGUGGUGGGGAAAGGAGACCAGACAGUGGGGGAAAAAGGUAACCAAGUGGUGGGGAAAGGAGACCAGACAGUGGGGGAAAAAGGUAACCAAGUGGUGGGGAAAGGAGACCAGACAGUGGGGGAAAAAGGUAACCAAGUGGUGGGGAAAGGAGACCAGACAGUGGGGGAAAAAGGUAACCAAGUGGUGGGGAAAGGAGACCAGACAGUGGGGGAAAAAGGUAACCAAGUGGUGGGGAAAGGAGACCAGACAGUGGGGGAAAAAGGUAACCAAGUGGUGGGGAAAGGAGACCAGACAGUGGGGGAAAAAGGUAACCAAGUGGUGGGGAAAGGAGACCAGACAGUGGGGGAAAAAGGUAACCAAGUGGUGGGGAAAGGAGACCAGACAGUGGGGGAAAAAGGUAACCAAGUGGUGGGGAAAGGAGACCAGACAGUGGGGGAAAAAGGUAACCAAGUGGUGGGGAAAGGAGACCAGACAGUGGGGAAAAAGACAGUGGGGGAAAAAGGUAACCAAGUGGUGGGGAAAGGAGACCAGACAGUGGGGGAAAAAGGUAACCAAGUGGUGGGGAAAGGAGACCAGACAGUGGGGGAAAAAGGUAACCAAGUGGUGGGGAAAGGAGACCAGACAGUGGGGGAAAAAGGUAACCAAGUGGUGGGGAAAGGAGACCAGACAGUGGGGGAAAAAGGUAACCAAGUGGUGGGGAAAGGAGACCAGACAGUGGGGGAAAAAGGUAACCAAGUGGUGGGGAAAGGAGACCAGACAGUGGGGGAAAAAGGUAACCAAGUGGUGGGGAAAGGAGACCAGACAGUGGGGGAAAAAGGUAACCAAGUGGUGGGGAAAGGAGACCAGACAGUGGGGGAAAAAGGUAACCAAGUGGUGGGGAAAGGAGACCAGACAGUGGGGGAAAAAGGUAACCAAGUGGUGGGGAAAGGAGACCAGACAGUGGGGGAAAAAGGUAACCAAGUGGUGGGGAAAGGAGACCAGACAGUGGGGGAAAAAGGUAACCAAGUGGUGGGGAAAGGAGACCAGACAGUGGGGGAAAAAGGUAACCAAGUGGUGGGGAAAGGAGACCAGACAGUGGGGGAAAAAGGUAACCAAGUGGUGGGGAAAGGAUACCAGACAGUGGGGGAAAAAGGUAACCAAGUGGUGGGGAAAGGAGACCAGACAGUGGGGGAAAAAGGUAACCAAGUGGUGGGGAAAGGAGACCAGACAGUGGGGGAAAAAGGUAACCAAGUGGUGGGGAAAGGAGACCAGACAGUGGGGGAAAAAGGUAACCAAGUGGUGGGGAAAGGAGACCAGACAGUGGGGGAAAAAGGUAACCAAGUGGUGGGGAAAGGAUACCAGACAGUGGGGGAAAAAGGUAACCAAGUGGUGGGGAAAGGAUACCAGACAGUGGGGGAAAAAGGUAACCAAGUGGUGGGGAAAGGAUACCAGACAGUGGGGGAAAAAGGUAACCAAGUGGUGGGGAAAGGAGACCAGACAGUGGGGGAAAAAGGUAACCAAGUGGUGGGGAAAGGAGACCAGACAGUGGGGGAAAAAGGUAACCAAGUGGUGGGGAAAGGAGACCAGACAGUGGGGGAAAAAGGUAACCAAGUGGUGGGGAAAGGAGACCAGACAGUGGGGGAAAAAGGUAACCAAGUGGUGGGGAAAGGAGACCAGACAGUGGGGGAAAAAGGUAACCAAGUGGUGGGGAAAGGAGACCAGACAGUGGGGGAAAAAGGUAACCAAGUGGUGGGGAAAGGAUACCAGACAGUGGGGGAAAAAGGUAACCAAGUGGUGGGGAAAGGAGACCAGACAGUGGGGGAAAAAGACAGUGGGGGAAAAGGUAACCAAGUGGUGGGGAAAGGAGACCAGACAGUGGGGGAAAAAGGUAACCAAGUGGUGGGGAAAGGAGACCAGACAGUGGGGGAAAAAGGUAACCAAGUGGUGGGGAAAGGAUACCAGACAGUGGGGGAAAAAGGUAACCAAGUGGUGGGGAAAGGAUACCAGACAGUGGGGGAAAAAGGUAACCAAGUGGUGGGGAAAGGAUACCAGACAGUGGGGGAAAAAGGUAACCAAGUGGUGGGGAAAGGAUACCAGACAGUGGGGGAAAAAGGUAACCAAGUGGUGGGGAAAGGAGACCAGACAGUGGGGGAAAAAGGUAACCAAGUGGUGGGGAAAGGAGACCAGACAGUGGGGGAAAAAGGUAACCAAGUGGUGGGGAAAGGAUACCAGACAGUGGGGGAAAAAGGUAACCAAGUGGUGGGGAAAGGAUACCAGACAGUGGGGGAAAAAGGUAACCAAGUGGUGGGGAAAGGAGACCAGACAGUGGGGGAAAAAGGUAACCAAGUGGUGGGGAAAGGAGACCAGACAGUGGGGGAAAAAGGUAACCAAGUGGUGGGGAAAGGAGACCAGACAGUGGGGGAAAAAGGUAACCAAGUGGUGGGGAAAGGAGACCAGACAGUGGGGGAAAAAGGUAACCAAGUGGUGGGGAAAGGAGACCAGACAGUGGGGGAAAAAGGUAACCAAGUGGUGGGGAAAGGAGACCAGACAGUGGGGGAAAAAGGUAACCAAGUGGUGGGGAAAGGAGACCAGACAGUGGGGGAAAAAGGUAACCAAGUGGUGGGGAAAGGAGACCAGACAGUGGGGGAAAAAGGUAACCAAGUGGUGGGGAAAGGAGACCAGACAGUGGGGGAAAAAGGUAACCAAGUGGUGGGGAAAGGAGACCAGACAGUGGGGGAAAAAGGUAACCAAGUGGUGGGGAAAGGAGACCAGACAGUGGGGGAAAAAGGUAACCAAGUGGUGGGGAAAGGAGACCAGACAGUGGGGGAAAAAGGUAACCAAGUGGUGGGGAAAGGAGACCAGACAGUGGGGGAAAAAGGUAACCAAGUGGUGGGGAAAGGAGACCAGACAGUGGGGGAAAAAGGUAACCAAGUGGUGGGGAAAGGAGACCAGACAGUGGGGGAAAAAGGUAACCAAGUGGUGGGGAAAGGAGACCAGACAGUGGGGGAAAAAGGUAACCAAGUGGUGGGGAAAGGAGACCAGACAGUGGGGGAAAAAGGUAACCAAGUGGUGGGGAAAGGAGACCAGACAGUGGGGGAAAAAGGUAACCAAGUGGUGGGGAAAGGAGACCAGACAGUGGGGGAAAAAGGUAACCAAGUGGUGGGGAAAGGAGACCAGACAGUGGGGGAAAAAGGUAACCAAGUGGUGGGGAAAGGAGACCAGACAGUGGGGGAAAAAGGUAACCAAGUGGUGGGGAAAGGAGACCAGACAGUGGGGGAAAAAGGUAACCAAGUGGUGGGGAAAGGAGACCAGACAGUGGGGGAAAAAGGUAACCAAGUGGUGGGGAAAGGAGACCAGACAGUGGGGGAAAAAGGUAACCAAGUGGUGGGGAAAGGAGACCAGACAGUGGGGGAAAAAGGUAACCAAGUGGUGGGGAAAGGAGACCAGACAGUGGGGGAAAAAGGUAACCAAGUGGUGGGGAAAGGAGACCAGACAGUGGGGGAAAAAGGUAACCAAGUGGUGGGGAAAGGAGACCAGACAGUGGGGGAAAAAGGUAACCAAGUGGUGGGGAAAGGAGACCAGACAGUGGGGGAAAAAGGUAACCAAGUGGUGGGGAAAGGAGACCAGACAGUGGGGGAAAAAGGUAACCAAGUGGUGGGGAAAGGAGACCAGACAGUGGGGGAAAAAGGUAACCAAGUGGUGGGGAAAGGAGACCAGACAGUGGGGGAAAAAGGUAACCAAGUGGUGGGGAAAGGAGACCAGACAGUGGGGGAAAAAGGUAACCAAGUGGUGGGGAAAGGAGACCAGACAGUGGGGGAAAAAGGUAACCAAGUGGUGGGGAAAGGAGACCAGACAGUGGGGGAAAAAGGUAACCAAGUGGUGGGGAAAGGAGACCAGACAGUGGGGGAAAAAGGUAACCAAGUGGUGGGGAAAGGAGACCAGACAGUGGGGGAAAAAGGUAACCAAGUGGUGGGGAAAGGAGACCAGACAGUGGGGGAAAAAGGUAACCAAGUGGUGGGGAAAGGAGACCAGACAGUGGGGGAAAAAGGUAACCAAGUGGUGGGGAAAGGAGACCAGACAGUGGGGGAAAAAGGUAACCAAGUGGUGGGGAAAGGAUACCAGACAGUGGGGGAAAAAGGUAACCAAGUGGUGGGGAAAGGAUACCAGACAGUGGGGGAAAAAGGUAACCAAGUGGUGGGGAAAGGAUACCAGACAGUGGGGGAAAAAGGUAACCAAGUGGUGGGGAAAGGAUACCAGACAGUGGGGGAAAAAGGUAACCAAGUGGUGGGGAAAGGAGACCAGACAGUGGGGGAAAAAGGUAACCAAGUGGUGGGGAAAGGAUACCAGACAGUGGGGGAAAAAGGUAACCAAGUGGUGGGGAAAGGAUACCAGACAGUGGGGGAAAAAGGUAACCAAGUGGUGGGGAAAGGAUACCAGACAGUGGGGGAAAAAGGUAACCAAGUGGUGGGGAAAGGAGACCAGACAGUGGGGGAAAAAGGUAACCAAGUGGUGGGGAAAGGAUACCAGACAGUGGGGGAAAAAGGUAACCAAGUGGUGGGGAAAGGAUACCAGACAGUGGGGGAAAAAGGUAACCAAGUGGUGGGGAAAGGAGACCAGACAGUGGGGGAAAAAGGUAACCAAGUGGUGGGGAAAGGAGACCAGACAGUGGGGGAAAAAGGUAACCAAGUGGUGGGGAAAGGAGACCAGACAGUGGGGGAAAAAGGUAACCAAGUGGUGGGGAAAGGAUACCAGACAGUGGGGGAAAAAGGUAACCAAGUGGUGGGGAAAGGAGACCAGACAGUGGGGGAAAAAGGUAACCAAGUGGUGGGGAAAGGAGACCAGACAGUGGGGGAAAAAGGUAACCAAGUGGUGGGGAAAGGAUACCAGACAGUGGGGGAAAAAGGUAACCAAGUGGUGGGGAAAGGAUACCAGACAGUGGGGGAAAAAGGUAACCAAGUGGUGGGGAAAGGAGACCAGACAGUGGGGGAAAAAGGUAACCAAGUGGUGGGGAAAGGAGACCAGACAGUGGGGGAAAAAGGUAACCAAGUGGUGGGGAAAGGAGACCAGACAGUGGGGGAAAAAGGUAACCAAGUGGUGGGGAAAGGAGACCAGACAGUGGGGGAAAAAGGUAACCAAGUGGUGGGGAAAGGAGACCAGACAGUGGGGGAAAAAGGUAACCAAGUGGUGGGGAAAGGAGACCAGACAGUGGGGGAAAAAGGUAACCAAGUGGUGGGGAAAGGAUACCAGACAGUGGGGGAAAAAGGUAACCAAGUGGUGGGGAAAGGAGACCAGACAGUGGGGGAAAAAGGUAACCAAGUGGUGGGGAAAGGAGACCAGACAGUGGGGGAAAAAGGUAACCAAGUGGUGGGGAAAGGAGACCAGACAGUGGGGGAAAAAGGUAACCAAGUGGUGGGGAAAGGAGACCAGACAGUGGGGGAAAAAGGUAACCAAGUGGUGGGGAAAGGAGACCAGACAGUGGGGGAAAAAGGUAACCAAGUGGUGGGGAAAGGAUACCAGACAGUGGGGGAAAAAGGUAACCAAGUGGUGGGGAAAGGAGACCAGACAGUGGGGGAAAAAGGUAACCAAGUGGUGGGGAAAGGAGACCAGACAGUGGGGGAAAAAGGUAACCAAGUGGUGGGGAAAGGAGACCAGACAGUGGGGGAAAAAGGUAACCAAGUGGUGGGGAAAGGAGACCAGACAGUGGGGGAAAAAGGUAACCAAGUGGUGGGGAAAGGAUACCAGACAGUGGGGGAAAAAGGUAACCAAGUGGUGGGGAAAGGAGACCAGACAGUGGGGGAAAAAGGUAACCAAGUGGUGGGGAAAGGAGACCAGACAGUGGGGGAAAAAGGUAACCAAGUGGUGGGGAAAGGAUACCAGACAGUGGGGGAAAAAGGUAACCAAGUGGUGGGGAAAGGAGACCAGACAGUGGGGGAAAAAGGUAACCAAGUGGUGGGGAAAGGAUACCAGACAGUGGGGGAAAAAGGUAACCAAGUGGUGGGGAAAGGAGACCAGACAGUGGGGGAAAAAGGUAACCAAGUGGUGGGGAAAGGAUACCAGACAGUGGGGGAAAAAGGUAACCAAGUGGUGGGGAAAGGAUACCAGACAGUGGGGGAAAAAGGUAACCAAGUGGUGGGGAAAGGAGACCAGACAGUGGGGGAAAAAGGUAACCAAGUGGUGGGGAAAGGAUACCAGACAGUGGGGGAAAAAGGUAACCAAGUGGUGGGGAAAGGAGACCAGACAGUGGGGGAAAAAGGUAACCAAGUGGUGGGGAAAGGAUACCAGACAGUGGGGGAAAAAGGUAACCAAGUGGUGGGGAAAGGAGACCAGACAGUGGGGGAAAAAGGUAACCAAGUGGUGGGGAAAGGAUACCAGACAGUGGGGGAAAAAGGUAACCAAGUGGUGGGGAAAGGAUACCAGACAGUGGGGGAAAAAGGUAACCAAGUGGUGGGGAAAGGAUACCAGACAGUGGGGGAAAAAGGUAACCAAGUGGUGGGGAAAGGAGACCAGACAGUGGGGGAAAAAGGUAACCAAGUGGUGGGGAAAGGAUACCAGACAGUGGGGGAAAAAGGUAACCAAGUGGUGGGGAAAGGAUACCAGACAGUGGGGGAAAAAGGUAACCAAGUGGUGGGGAAAGGAUACCAGACAGUGGGGGAAAAAGGUAACCAAGUGGUGGGGAAAGGAUACCAGACAGUGGGGGAAAAAGGUAACCAAGUGGUGGGGAAAGGAUACCAGACAGUGGGGGAAAAAGGUAACCAAGUGGUGGGGAAAGGAGACCAGACAGUGGGGGAAAAAGGUAACCAAGUGGUGGGGAAAGGAGACCAGACAGUGGGGGAAAAAGGUAACCAAGUGGUGGGGAAAGGAGACCAGACAGUGGGGGAAAAAGGUAACCAAGUGGUGGGGAAAGGAUACCAGACAGUGGGGGAAAAAGGUAACCAAGUGGUGGGGAAAGGAGACCAGACAGUGGGGGAAAAAGGUAACCAAGUGGUGGGGAAAGGAUACCAGACAGUGGGGGAAAAAGGUAACCAAGUGGUGGGGAAAGGAGACCAGACAGUGGGGGAAAAAGGUAACCAAGUGGUGGGGAAAGGAUACCAGACAGUGGGGGAAAAAGGUAACCAAGUGGUGGGGAAAGGAGACCAGACAGUGGGGGAAAAAGGUAACCAAGUGGUGGGGAAAGGAUACCAGACAGUGGGGGAAAAAGGUAACCAAGUGGUGGGGAAAGGAGACCAGACAGUGGGGGAAAAAGGUAACCAAGUGGUGGGGAAAGGAUACCAGACAGUGGGGGAAAAAGGUAACCAAGUGGUGGGGAAAGGAUACCAGACAGUGGGGGAAAAAGGUAACCAAGUGGUGGGGAAAGGAUACCAGACAGUGGGGGAAAAAGGUAACCAAGUGGUGGGGAAAGGAGACCAGACAGUGGGGGAAAAAGGUAACCAAGUGGUGGGGAAAGGAUACCAGACAGUGGGGGAAAAAGGUAACCAAGUGGUGGGGAAAGGAUACCAGACAGUGGGGGAAAAAGGUAACCAAGUGGUGGGGAAAGGAUACCAGACAGUGGGGGAAAAAGGUAACCAAGUGGUGGGGAAAGGAGACCAGACAGUGGGGGAAAAAGGUAACCAAGUGGUGGGGAAAGGAUACCAGACAGUGGGGGAAAAAGGUAACCAAGUGGUGGGGAAAGGAGACCAGACAGUGGGGGAAAAAGGUAACCAAGUGGUGGGGAAAGGAUACCAGACAGUGGGGGAAAAAGGUAACCAAGUGGUGGGGAAAGGAUACCAGACAGUGGGGGAAAAAGGUAACCAAGUGGUGGGGAAAGGAUACCAGACAGUGGGGGAAAAAGGUAACCAAGUGGUGGGGAAAGGAUACCAGACAGUGGGGGAAAAAGGUAACCAAGUGGUGGGGAAAGGAGACCAGACAGUGGGGGAAAAAGGUAACCAAGUGGUGGGGAAAGGAGACCAGACAGUGGGGGAAAAAGGUAACCAAGUGGUGGGGAAAGGAGACCAGACAGUGGGGGAAAAAGGUAACCAAGUGGUGGGGAAAGGAUACCAGACAGUGGGGGAAAAAGGUAACCAAGUGGUGGGGAAAGGAGACCAGACAGUGGGGGAAAAAGGUAACCAAGUGGUGGGGAAAGGAGACCAGACAGUGGGGGAAAAAGGUAACCAAGUGGUGGGGAAAGGAUACCAGACAGUGGGGGAAAAAGGUAACCAAGUGGUGGGGAAAGGAGACCAGACAGUGGGGGAAAAAGGUAACCAAGUGGUGGGGAAAGGAGACCAGACAGUGGGGGAAAAAGGUAACCAAGUGGUGGGGAAAGGAUACCAGACAGUGGGGGAAAAAGGUAACCAAGUGGUGGGGAAAGGAGACCAGACAGUGGGGGAAAAAGGUAACCAAGUGGUGGGGAAAGGAUACCAGACAGUGGGGGAAAAAGGUAACCAAGUGGUGGGGAAAGGAGACCAGACAGUGGGGGAAAAAGGUAACCAAGUGGUGGGGAAAGGAGACCAGACAGUGGGGGAAAAAGGUAACCAAGUGGUGGGGAAAGGAGACCAGACAGUGGGGGAAAAAGGUAACCAAGUGGUGGGGAAAGGAUACCAGACAGUGGGGGAAAAAGGUAACCAAGUGGUGGGGAAAGGAGACCAGACAGUGGGGGAAAAAGGUAACCAAGUGGUGGGGAAAGGAGACCAGACAGUGGGGGAAAAAGGUAACCAAGUGGUGGGGAAAGGAUACCAGACAGUGGGGGAAAAAGGUAACCAAGUGGUGGGGAAAGGAGACCAGACAGUGGGGGAAAAAGGUAACCAAGUGGUGGGGAAAGGAGACCAGACAGUGGGGGAAAAAGGUAACCAAGUGGUGGGGAAAGGAUACCAGACAGUGGGGGAAAAAGGUAACCAAGUGGUGGGGAAAGGAUACCAGACAGUGGGGGAAAAAGGUAACCAAGUGGUGGGGAAAGGAGACCAGACAGUGGGGGAAAAAGGUAACCAAGUGGUGGGGAAAGGAUACCAGACAGUGGGGGAAAAAGGUAACCAAGUGGUGGGGAAAGGAUACCAGACAGUGGGGGAAAAAGGUAACCAAGUGGUGGGGAAAGGAGACCAGACAGUGGGGGAAAAAGGUAACCAAGUGGUGGGGAAAGGAUACCAGACAGUGGGGGAAAAAGGUAACCAAGUGGUGGGGAAAGGAGACCAGACAGUGGGGGAAAAAGGUAACCAAGUGGUGGGGAAAGGAGACCAGACAGUGGGGGAAAAAGGUAACCAAGUGGUGGGGAAAGGAGACCAGACAGUGGGGGAAAAAGGUAACCAAGUGGUGGGGAAAGGAGACCAGACAGUGGGGGAAAAAGGUAACCAAGUGGUGGGGAAAGGAGACCAGACAGUGGGGGAAAAAGGUAACCAAGUGGUGGGGAAAGGAUACCAGACAGUGGGGGAAAAAGGUAACCAAGUGGUGGGGAAAGGAUACCAGACAGUGGGGGAAAAAGGUAACCAAGUGGUGGGGAAAGGAGACCAGACAGUGGGGGAAAAAGGUAACCAAGUGGUGGGGAAAGGAUACCAGACAGUGGGGGAAAAAGGUAACCAAGUGGUGGGGAAAGGAUACCAGACAGUGGGGGAAAAAGGUAACCAAGUGGUGGGGAAAGGAUACCAGACAGUGGGGGAAAAAGGUAACCAAGUGGUGGGGAAAGGAGACCAGACAGUGGGGGAAAAAGGUAACCAAGUGGUGGGGAAAGGAGACCAGACAGUGGGGGAAAAAGGUAACCAAGUGGUGGGGAAAGGAUACCAGACAGUGGGGGAAAAAGGUAACCAAGUGGUGGGGAAAGGAUACCAGACAGUGGGGGAAAAAGGUAACCAAGUGGUGGGGAAAGGAGACCAGACAGUGGGGGAAAAAGGUAACCAAGUGGUGGGGAAAGGAUACCAGACAGUGGGGGAAAAAGGUAACCAAGUGGUGGGGAAAGGAGACCAGACAGUGGGGGAAAAAGGUAACCAAGUGGUGGGGAAAGGAGACCAGACAGUGGGGGAAAAAGGUAACCAAGUGGUGGGGAAAGGAGACCAGACAGUGGGGGAAAAAGGUAACCAAGUGGUGGGGAAAGGAGACCAGACAGUGGGGGAAAAAGGUAACCAAGUGGUGGGGAAAGGAUACCAGACAGUGGGGGAAAAAGGUAACCAAGUGGUGGGGAAAGGAGACCAGACAGUGGGGGAAAAAGGUAACCAAGUGGUGGGGAAAGGAUACCAGACAGUGGGGGAAAAAGGUAACCAAGUGGUGGGGAAAGGAUACCAGACAGUGGGGGAAAAAGGUAACCAAGUGGUGGGGAAAGGAUACCAGACAGUGGGGGAAAAAGGUAACCAAGUGGUGGGGAAAGGAGACCAGACAGUGGGGGAAAAAGGUAACCAAGUGGUGGGGAAAGGAUACCAGACAGUGGGGGAAAAAGGUAACCAAGUGGUGGGGAAAGGAGACCAGACAGUGGGGGAAAAAGGUAACCAAGUGGUGGGGAAAGGAGACCAGACAGUGGGGGAAAAAGGUAACCAAGUGGUGGGGAAAGGAGACCAGACAGUGGGGGAAAAAGGUAACCAAGUGGUGGGGAAAGGAGACCAGACAGUGGGGGAAAAAGGUAACCAAGUGGUGGGGAAAGGAGACCAGACAGUGGGGGAAAAAGGUAACCAAGUGGUGGGGAAAGGAGACCAGACAGUGGGGGAAAAAGGUAACCAAGUGGUGGGGAAAGGAGACCAGACAGUGGGGGAAAAAGGUAACCAAGUGGUGGGGAAAGGAGACCAGACAGUGGGGGAAAAAGGUAACCAAGUGGUGGGGAAAGGAGACCAGACAGUGGGGGAAAAAGGUAACCAAGUGGUGGGGAAAGGAGACCAGACAGUGGGGGAAAAAGGUAACCAAGUGGUGGGGAAAGGAGACCAGACAGUGGGGGAAAAAGGUAACCAAGUGGUGGGGAAAGGAUACCAGACAGUGGGGGAAAAAGGUAACCAAGUGGUGGGGAAAGGAUACCAGACAGUGGGGGAAAAAGGUAACCAAGUGGUGGGGAAAGGAUACCAGACAGUGGGGGAAAAAGGUAACCAAGUGGUGGGGAAAGGAGACCAGACAGUGGGGGAAAAAGGUAACCAAGUGGUGGGGAAAGGAUACCAGACAGUGGGGGAAAAAGGUAACCAAGUGGUGGGGAAAGGAGACCAGACAGUGGGGGAAAAAGGUAACCAAGUGGUGGGGAAAGGAUACCAGACAGUGGGGGAAAAAGGUAACCAAGUGGUGGGGAAAGGAUACCAGACAGUGGGGGAAAAAGGUAACCAAGUGGUGGGGAAAGGAGACCAGACAGUGGGGGAAAAAGGUAACCAAGUGGUGGGGAAAGGAUACCAGACAGUGGGGGAAAAAGGUAACCAAGUGGUGGGGAAAGGAUACCAGACAGUGGGGGAAAAAGGUAACCAAGUGGUGGGGAAAGGAGACCAGACAGUGGGGGAAAAAGGUAACCAAGUGGUGGGGAAAGGAUACCAGACAGUGGGGGAAAAAGGUAACCAAGUGGUGGGGAAAGGAUACCAGACAGUGGGGGAAAAAGGUAACCAAGUGGUGGGGAAAGGAGACCAGACAGUGGGGGAAAAAGGUAACCAAGUGGUGGGGAAAGGAGACCAGACAGUGGGGGAAAAAGGUAACCAAGUGGUGGGGAAAGGAGACCAGACAGUGGGGGAAAAAGGUAACCAAGUGGUGGGGAAAGGAUACCAGACAGUGGGGGAAAAAGGUAACCAAGUGGUGGGGAAAGGAUACCAGACAGUGGGGGAAAAAGGUAACCAAGUGGUGGGGAAAGGAUACCAGACAGUGGGGGAAAAAGGUAACCAAGUGGUGGGGAAAGGAGACCAGACAGUGGGGGAAAAAGGUAACCAAGUGGUGGGGAAAGGAGACCAGACAGUGGGGGAAAAAGGUAACCAAGUGGUGGGGAAAGGAGACCAGACAGUGGGGGAAAAAGGUAACCAAGUGGUGGGGAAAGGAUACCAGACAGUGGGGGAAAAAGGUAACCAAGUGGUGGGGAAAGGAUACCAGACAGUGGGGGAAAAAGGUAACCAAGUGGUGGGGAAAGGAGACCAGACAGUGGGGGAAAAAGGUAACCAAGUGGUGGGGAAAGGAGACCAGACAGUGGGGGAAAAAGGUAACCAAGUGGUGGGGAAAGGAUACCAGACAGUGGGGGAAAAAGGUAACCAAGUGGUGGGGAAAGGAUACCAGACAGUGGGGGAAAAAGGUAACCAAGUGGUGGGGAAAGGAUACCAGACAGUGGGGGAAAAAGGUAACCAAGUGGUGGGGAAAGGAGACCAGACAGUGGGGGAAAAAGGUAACCAAGUGGUGGGGAAAGGAGACCAGACAGUGGGGGAAAAAGGUAACCAAGUGGUGGGGAAAGGAGACCAGACAGUGGGGGAAAAAGGUAACCAAGUGGUGGGGAAAGGAUACCAGACAGUGGGGGAAAAAGGUAACCAAGUGGUGGGGAAAGGAUACCAGACAGUGGGGGAAAAAGGUAACCAAGUGGUGGGGAAAGGAUACCAGACAGUGGGGGAAAAAGGUAACCAAGUGGUGGGGAAAGGAGACCAGACAGUGGGGGAAAAAGGUAACCAAGUGGUGGGGAAAGGAGACCAGACAGUGGGGGAAAAAGGUAACCAAGUGGUGGGGAAAGGAGACCAGACAGUGGGGGAAAAAGGUAACCAAGUGGUGGGGAAAGGAGACCAGACAGUGGGGGAAAAAGGUAACCAAGUGGUGGGGAAAGGAUACCAGACAGUGGGGGAAAAAGGUAACCAAGUGGUGGGGAAAGGAGACCAGACAGUGGGGGAAAAAGGUAACCAAGUGGUGGGGAAAGGAUACCAGACAGUGGGGGAAAAAGGUAACCAAGUGGUGGGGAAAGGAUACCAGACAGUGGGGGAAAAAGGUAACCAAGUGGUGGGGAAAGGAGACCAGACAGUGGGGGAAAAAGGUAACCAAGUGGUGGGGAAAGGAGACCAGACAGUGGGGGAAAAAGGUAACCAAGUGGUGGGGAAAGGAUACCAGACAGUGGGGGAAAAAGGUAACCAAGUGGUGGGGAAAGGAGACCAGACAGUGGGGGAAAAAGGUAACCAAGUGGUGGGGAAAGGAUACCAGACAGUGGGGGAAAAAGGUAACCAAGUGGUGGGGAAAGGAUACCAGACAGUGGGGGAAAAAGGUAACCAAGUGGUGGGGAAAGGAUACCAGACAGUGGGGGAAAAAGGUAACCAAGUGGUGGGGAAAGGAUACCAGACAGUGGGGGAAAAAGGUAACCAAGUGGUGGGGAAAGGAUACCAGACAGUGGGGGAAAAAGGUAACCAAGUGGUGGGGAAAGGAUACCAGACAGUGGGGGAAAAAGGUAACCAAGUGGUGGGGAAAGGAUACCAGACAGUGGGGGAAAAAGGUAACCAAGUGGUGGGGAAAGGAUACCAGACAGUGGGGGAAAAAGGUAACCAAGUGGUGGGGAAAGGAUACCAGACAGUGGGGGAAAAAGGUAACCAAGUGGUGGGGAAAGGAUACCAGACAGUGGGGGAAAAAGGUAACCAAGUGGUGGGGAAAGGAGACCAGACAGUGGGGGAAAAAGGUAACCAAGUGGUGGGGAAAGGAUACCAGACAGUGGGGGAAAAAGGUAACCAAGUGGUGGGGAAAGGAGACCAGACAGUGGGGGAAAAAGGUAACCAAGUGGUGGGGAAAGGAUACCAGACAGUGGGGGAAAAAGGUAACCAAGUGGUGGGGAAAGGAUACCAGACAGUGGGGGAAAAAGGUAACCAAGUGGUGGGGAAAGGAUACCAGACAGUGGGGGAAAAAGGUAACCAAGUGGUGGGGAAAGGAUACCAGACAGUGGGGGAAAAAGGUAACCAAGUGGUGGGGAAAGGAUACCAGACAGUGGGGGAAAAAGGUAACCAAGUGGUGGGGAAAGGAUACCAGACAGUGGGGGAAAAAGGUAACCAAGUGGUGGGGAAAGGAGACCAGACAGUGGGGGAAAAAGGUAACCAAGUGGUGGGGAAAGGAUACCAGACAGUGGGGGAAAAAGGUAACCAAGUGGUGGGGAAAGGAUACCAGACAGUGGGGGAAAAAGGUAACCAAGUGGUGGGGAAAGGAUACCAGACAGUGGGGGAAAAAGGUAACCAAGUGGUGGGGAAAGGAUACCAGACAGUGGGGGAAAAAGGUAACCAAGUGGUGGGGAAAGGAUACCAGACAGUGGGGGAAAAAGGUAACCAAGUGGUGGGGAAAGGAUACCAGACAGUGGGGGAAAAAGGUAACCAAGUGGUGGGGAAAGGAGACCAGACAGUGGGGGAAAAAGGUAACCAAGUGGUGGGGAAAGGAUACCAGACAGUGGGGGAAAAAGGUAACCAAGUGGUGGGGAAAGGAUACCAGACAGUGGGGGAAAAAGGUAACCAAGUGGUGGGGAAAGGAUACCAGACAGUGGGGGAAAAAGGUAACCAAGUGGUGGGGAAAGGAGACCAGACAGUGGGGGAAAAAGGUAACCAAGUGGUGGGGAAAGGAGACCAGACAGUGGGGGAAAAAGGUAACCAAGUGGUGGGGAAAGGAUACCAGACAGUGGGGGAAAAAGGUAACCAAGUGGUGGGGAAAGGAGACCAGACAGUGGGGGAAAAAGGUAACCAAGUGGUGGGGAAAGGAGACCAGACAGUGGGGGAAAAAGGUAACCAAGUGGUGGGGAAAGGAGACCAGACAGUGGGGGAAAAAGGUAACCAAGUGGUGGGGAAAGGAUACCAGACAGUGGGGGAAAAAGGUAACCAAGUGGUGGGGAAAGGAUACCAGACAGUGGGGAAAAAGGUAACCAAGUGGUGGGGAAAGGAUACCAGACAGUGGGGGAAAAGGUAA